CACCACCACCACCGCCACCUUUGCUUGAAAAGCCAUGGAGGGAGCAGGAAUUCAGCACAAGGAUAAGGAAUAAACUUCUAGAUGAAAUCCGAAACUAUGAGACUCUGACAGAGUCAGUGGGAGAGCCCAGAAUCCUCCUGAUCGGGCAGAUUGGAGCUGGUAAAAGCAGCUUCUUCAAUUCAGUGAACAGCGUCUUCAGAGGUCAUGUGAUACUGCAGGCCGCAUCUGGGUUGGGAGACACCAGUAUAAGCAAAAUGCACCGAACAUAUCCAGUUCUACAUGGAAAAGGUGGAAGUGAGCGGAAAUGCAUGCUGUGUGACACCAUGGGUCGGGAAAGGAAUAUCAAUGAUGAAGGGAUCGAUGUGGCAGACAUCAUCAGCGUCAUUAAAGGACACGUCCCAGACUUGUAUGAGUUCAAUCCCAAGGCACCGAUAACCAGUAAUGACAGGCGCUACAGAGAGAAGCCCAGUCUGGCUGAUAAGGUGCAUUGCGUCGUCUUCGUAGUUGAAGCAAACAAAAUCAACCUCCUCGAUCAAAAUCUACUUAAGAAGUUUAAGUCAAUCCAGGCUGAAGUGAACAACAUGAGGAUUCCUCUGCUCGUGUUGGUCACUAAGAUAGAUGAAGCCUGCCUUGAAGUUAAAAAAGACCUGACCAAAGUGUAUAGGAGCCGCUACCUUUAUGAGAAGGUGACUCAGCUUGGACAGAUGCUGGGAGUUCCCGUCUCCUCCAUCUCCCCAGUUAAGAACUACUCAACAGAGACGGAGAUCAACCUUCAUGCGGACGUUUUGAUCCUGAAGGCCCUGCAGCAGAUGCUAAGAGCUGCUGAUGCCUACUUUGAUGAUACACAGCUGAAAGGCCUCAUUCAGCAAAGAAGUUCCUGAUAUGUUUUGUUUUGCUAUUCUUCAAUAACUUGAUUCCAUUCAAAUAAAAAUAUAUUUUUUUACAACUUUUUAAUCCAUUAGAGGGUUGGUUAAUGCGAACCCCAGUCCACAUGCACUUUGAGUUGCACCCAUUAAUCCAAGAAUAUGGGAUGACCUGAAAAAAGUCCACAGAGACCUGGAGAAGUCAAGUAAAGUCCACCCAUGCCUUUACAGUCAUGAGGGAGCAACACUAAUCUGUACACCAAAGUACCAGCUGUUUCGAUCGAGUGAAGUUGUAAUGUAAAGAUGUAGGGAACUGUUUGAUGUUAGUUCUCUAAAUAUUUGACACAUUUAUUGCCUUACUUUGUUAUCUUUCCCAUUUCACCUUGUUUAACACAGAUAUGUAGCAUUAUGCUUAUCUUGUGAUCUUGGUAAUUAACUAAUAAAGCAUCUUGUAUUAGAGUUAAUUGUAGAACAAACUGUUUAAAUAAAUAUUACCUUAAACUGA